CACAGGGGCAAUCCACAAUCGUACAACUGCCAAUGGCACGUCCUUUGCGCGAUCGGGCCAGAACGCACAGAUACAAGCUGCGCCGAAUUUUGGGAUGUCUUGGACUGUUUAUCUCUUGCGCGCUGUCCAUCUCUUCAGCAGCGUUCCUGCCCACCCAACGUCGCCGGGCAUUGGCCUACCUUUUUGCCGUCAGUGGACAAAGUGCACGGGCAGAGGAGGGGCAGCCAGGAGUUGAUAUCUAUUUUGGCCAAGGAUGCUUUUGGCAUGUUCAAAGAGAAAUGGUGCUUUGGGAGUCUAAGUUUCUUGGACGCAGCGGGGGAGAUAUUACUUCAAUGGCAGGCUACGCAGGAGGGCAGCUCGUGAAGAAGCAGCCAGUUUGCUACCACAAUGUAGAAUUCCCUGCGAGAGACUAUGCAAAGCUGGGCCACGCAGAAGUGGUGAAAGUGUCCAGCAUACCUGAAGACAAAGUGGCUGCCUUCGCAAAAGCUUACCUGGAUUCAGUGGCAGCUGAGCAGCCAGCAGGACGACCAGACCCUCAAGAUGUCGGAGCCGAGUAUCGUGCCAUGAUUGGUCUUUCUGGUGGGUCCAGCUCACCGCUCUUUAAAGACAUUGCUGCGGCAAACGCAGAUCGGUUGAAGCUGGCGGUAGGGCAGGGCCUUGAUCCAGACACUGCUCAAAUCUUAGCUCCCAAC